CCCUGUUACUGUUAGUUUAUCUAUCGACCAAGAAAUAGGGGUGGCCGUUUAUGUCUGGAGUUUUCCUGUGGUGGAUAUACUGCACCGUUUACCUGCUAGAGGGGGUCUGGGCCUUGUAGUUGUAUGUGCAUGUAAUGUACUGUACAUGUACAUUGUACUUUUCUUUUUCGUAGGUAGAUAGUAGGUAGGUAGUUAUAGGAGAGAGAAUCAAUUGAUUCAUUCGCUCCCGUCAACAAUAGAAUUCUUCAGAAGACGAUUCUCCCUUCGAAAAAUUAACAAAUAAUUAUACGGAAAGAAAGAAAGAAAGAAAGAAAGAAAGAAGGGAAAUAAAUGCCUCCGAAGAAGUAUAAGGGGGGGAAGUUUAGAACCCAGCGUGACGGUGGUCGCCUACACUCAUUACUAUUGCGUGGAGAUGAUGUUGUGUUUUUAUUUGAAAGAGAGUGUUCUGUUCUUUCUAUCCCCACCGUCCUUUUUUUUUCCUUUUUUCCACACACUUCGCCGUUUUAUUUUAUUAUAUUUUUUAUCUCUUCUUCUUCUUGCUCCCACCCAACCAACCAACCCCUCGGGCCAUGUGCUGACUGACUUACUACUAUCUGUCUAUCCUACUUUCCUUUUGCUUUUUUUUGCUUUUUCCCCGCGGGGCAUUGUGUGUGAAAAAAAAAAAAAAACCGACAACCCGGUUCCCAAUCUACGGGGAUAAACAACAUCUCCUAGCCGCCAGAACAAACCAAAAUAAAAAAUAACAAAGGGAACGAACGGGGACAGCAUAACAAUCGCAAGCAGGACACCAGAGAAAGAGAUAAUAAUAAGUAGAGGUAACAGUCCAGUGCAGUCCAGUCCGCAGCGUGUUAGCAAAGUUAGCAUUGCAUUGCAUAUUCCACCUUUUCUUAGACCGGGGGCUGCUGCUGCUGCUGCUGCUAUAAGCGCCACAACACACCCCUCAUUUCUUGUGUGCUGCCGCCGCCGCCAGUAUCUUCAGACGCUCGAAAAUUCCAAAUUUCCCCGUAAUAGACUGCGACUCCUUCUUUUCCCUUUUCUCUAUCUAACUACUCUUGCUUCUUGCUUCUUCUGUCUCUCAAUCUCCCCUUCUCUCUUCUUUAGUUAGUUACUCUGUUGGUGAGCUCUGGUGUAAAAGAAAAAAGGGCUGAAUCAGGUGGGUUUCAUACAAACUCAGCUUCUCUUUCUCUCCCCUCUUAUUAUUGAUUGAUUUAUAUUUAUUUCCAAUUUAUUUGUUUUUUCUUCUCCGUCUCCGUCUCCGUCUCUCUCUCUCUCUCUCUCUCUCUCUCUCUUUCUCUUCCUUCAAUUACACGGAGUGCUUCUCUCCCGCCAUUCCCUACAGCUGUAGUAAGUCUUGUUUAGCCUUGGUUCUGUAUUCACUUUUUUAUUUUUUUAUCUUUUUAUUUUUAUGUUUUUUAUUCCGCGCCAGAUCAACACCUCGCCAGGACCUGAGCUUCGCUCUAAGAUGACCUAGCUUCAAGCCCGUUCUGUCCCGCCCAUCCCCCGCGCCCGUCGUUCAACUCCGUUUCCUCCUCCCCUGUCCUUACCACACAUUCUUAUAUAUAUCAAACAUCCAAGCAUCACCAGCAUCACCAGCGUCAUCAGCAUCAUCAUUCUUCAGGUGUGACCUUUAUAUUUUUUGCCCUUGGAAUUUGCUGCCCAGCUUGGCGCUUGCUCCGGCUUUAAAACUGCCAGAGAAAAAGCCUGGAAACUGGUUGCUGCAGGUAAAAACACGAAACCCAGAAAAGAACACUGUCCACUCUCGACUUCCUCCUCGGCUCCCAACUUACUCAACCUUGCAUCCCUAUCCUCCUACAAAAGCUAUUUUUCGACGGAGCUAGUUCUCGUCAACAUUUCACACCACGCCCUUCCCUUGCACCUCCGUUUCCUAAUCGAAUCCCAAUAACGCGCUGGUCCUCGCCCACGCUACCUAAUCUGCUCGAUCACAGUCGAACUUUUAAAUGCUGGAAUAGGAAAAACUAUUAUACCUGCGGUAUUCUGCGGUCGCAAUAUAAUUUUCACAUCCGGUUUCCCCUCCGUGAGGGCCUUCUUUCCGCGGUGGGCUCCCAAGAAGCUCACUGUUCCUAGAUAAAACCUUUUCUUUUUUUUAUAUCUGUGUAUCAGGCGAAGUCCUUGAUAAACAAAUAAAUGCCAUAUUUGGCCUAUCAGACCCCUUCGUCCGUUCGACUAAACCCCCCCUCCUUCUCGAACAUGACGCCUUCAGCGACGGCACAGGUGCCGCAGCAGCCGCAGCCACCGCAGCAGCCACCGCAGCAAACCGCCAACGACAAAGUGCCCGAUCUAGCCUCACUGGGUGACCACAUCGAAGAAACAACCUUCGAGCAAAUUCUCGAGAUGGAUGAAGACUUUAAGCGUGAAUUUAGUAGAGACUUAGUAUACGGGUUUUUCGAACAGGCAGAAACUACAUUUUCGGAUAUGAAGAAGGCAAUCAAGGAAAAAGACCUCUACAAAAUCUACCAACUAGGCCACUUCCUCAAAGGCUCGUCGGCAACGCUAGGCCUCACAAAAGUGAAAGAGGCGUGCGAAAAGAUCCAGAACCUCGGAGCGGGCAAGGACGAGUCCGGCACGGUCACCGAACCCAAUAAGGAAGUCUCGCUGAAGAAUAUCGAGAAGACGCUGAAUGAAACCGAGAAAGAUUACAAGGAUGCCGUCGUGCGGUUGAAAAGGUUUUAUGGCGAGAAGGUUUAAAAAAAAAAAAAGGAGUCUGAUAUCUACUCUACUUUUAUAAUAAUAAUGAGGGGCCAUGGGACGGAGAGUGGAAGGAGAUGGGGCUACAUGGUUUGGAAGGACUGAACGAUAUGAAGAGCUUUUCUGGUCUAUGGAACUAGAAUGCUUUUAAUUGAGAGAGAAGAAAGUGCGGAGGUUUGGAAGGGAGGGAAAUAUAAUCACAUAAUGGACUAAAUUGUCUUGUGAUGUCUUCAUUACUUUUUUUUUUCUUUUCUUGUCUUUCUUUUAUUUUCAUUUGUUAAUUAAUUCUCUUGUUAUUACUUCUCAUUGUUUCUUUUUUAUUUCUUCUCUUCUUCUCUUCUUCUUCUUCUUCUUCUUCUCCUUCUCCCUCCCUUCUGGAAUUCUCUCUCAGGGGCGUUGAUAUAUUUUUACACAUGCCAUUUUGUUUUCUAUAUAUAUUCUUUUCUUUUUUUCAGUUUUUCAAUUUAAAAAAAAAAAAAAAAGAAUCUAUCUUCAUGUACCCUUUGAGUUCCCUUUCUCCUAUUUUCUCCUCUUCUCUCUUCCCCUCCCCCUCUCCCGCUCCUCUCUUCUCUCUCCCCCUCUCUUCAUCUCCUACUUAACUUCCCCCUUCUCUCUUCCUCUUCUUCUCCAUACAACUUCUUGAUACCACGCAAGCCAUGUCCUGUUCCUGUUAUAUCAUACCCAAUCACAUCACGUUAUAUAUGCCUGUCUCACUCUCCGCCCCCCCAGCUCUUCUCUCAUCCUCUUUCCUCCCCCUCAGUGUUCCGCGUAUAUAUAAAUACUUUCAAAAAAGAAAAUCUUCCGCGCGCAUCUUUUGCAACCUCAUUAUUCAUCUAUUUCAUUUUCAUCACUUCUCAUCAUCAAAAUCAAAAUUAAAAUAAAAGUCUGUCUUUGAUGUUUUGAUUUAUUUUCUCAUUUUUGUUUUCUUCUUCUUUCUCUUUCAAAUUUUAUUUUUUAUUUUAUUUUAUUUUAUUUUAUUUUUUAACUUCUUGUGUCAUCACUCAUUUUCUUCUCUUUCUCUUUCUCUUUCCGUAUUGUUAUAUUUUCUUGUCUUUGGCACUGUGAUUCUUGUGUAAGAGGUGUGAGUGAGUGAUUGAAUGUAAAGAAUGAGAUAAAGUAAGUGAGAAUGUGCUGAAAAAAGAAAGCUAUAACAUGGCAUAAAGAGGUGAAGUCAGUGGUCACAAUGUGUGUAGAGAGAGAAAGAGAGAGAGGUCUGAUAUAUAUUGAAAAUAUCACUCAUAUCAAAUCAUUCUCUUUAUACUUCAUAUAAAGAAAGAGCUAGUUACAUCAGAAGCAACUUUUUAUAAGAGUUGAAUUAUAGUAUUCUUCUUCUCUUCUGUAGUUUAUCAUAUCUGUGGAGAAAAUCACUAGAGCCUUGAAUAUCAACAGAGGAGGUUCAACA